CUUCGUUUCGGUCGUCUGUGUUCUUCCCCAAGCCGACAUGUCGCUUUUCUCCUCAUGUUCAUGUAUCGCCAUCUCUUGGGCAUUGCAUAAUUCAGGUCGUAUUACUAUCCAAUCCGACAGCACUGCUGAUCCCAUUGGCUACCCUCCGAAGCUACCAAGAUGAUGUCUCUCGUUACCACGCGGAAGAGAAAGAGUAUCGAGAAGCCUUUGCUAGACUCCCAUGAGAAGAGCACGGUUCGCAUCAUCGAGCGAUCUGCUGAUGGACACGGCGACGACAAGCUUCCUCGGGCGCGUUCCACCACUCCGGGCAGUCGAACCUUCACCAGCUUUCGCCGAGGAAGCGUCAAAAUCUUCUCCAUCUUUCGCGGUGGUAAAGGCUCCAUCCCAGGCAUAGGAACUGCCAACAACACAAGCAACGGCUCAGUUUCGAAUACGUCAGGCAGCACACAGCUUGCCGAGGCCGCCGGUUCUUACAACAAACAUACCCUAUCAAACCCUAACGCCCCUAGUAUCGUUCUCACCUUACCAAGCCAUAGCUCACAUCAGAGAGAGUCAUCGCUACUACAGCUCACCAAUGCUGCGGUCUUUGACGGAGAAUCUGAACCCAUCAUGGGCACCAAGGAGCAGCGCCCUACAACUCUACACGCUCGUAGAUCAACACCCGGCAUGUCGCGGCAGCUUACGGCAAAACUCUCAAAUACCCUCCUGCACAACGCCACUGUCAUACAUCGCCCAAGGCUCAAUCUAAGGCCGACAAUUCCGACGGACAAUUUCGAACAACGCUCUGAUAACCAGAAUGUAACGACCUCAUUGCAAGUUUCUAUACCGAGCCUUCCAUCCCUUCCAUCCCUUCCAUCCCAACCUUCGAGCUUCUUGGGCAGUGGUAACGCACCUCUGAGCCUAUCAACUGCGCCGACUUCCCUAGUGUCUUCAGGAACGCCUACGUCUGCUGAGACAACACAACGUGGUCACCUCGGUAACGCACAAAGUCCUGGCUCAACCACACGCAACUACACAAUUGAGCAGACGACAGAGCAAUCUGAUUGGCUUGUUUUUCCUCGACAGGACGCUCCGAGGCUCUCAGCGCCGUCAGUAGUCACUGUUGAGACUGCUGCCGCAGCGAAGAUCUUCUUUGAGUCCCACUUCAAUCAACUUCUCCAUACUAAGGUGACACCACGCUCUAUGCGUCGGCGCAAUAUGGAACGCACACUCUUCGCUAUGGUGGUGGCCGGUGAUCAAAGACAACAAAAGAGACAAGAUUGGUACGUUGCGGAAAGCUACCAUCUUCGCCAGACACGCGUUAUGAAAUCCAAGACACUUGCUCGGCAGAAGAUGAAAGGCGUGCACGUCUCAAACUACGACAUCAUCCGAGUGUUGGGCAAGGGCAGCUUUGGUGUUGUUAGGCUCGUGCGCGAGAAGAGCGACCACAACGGCAGUACGGGUAGCAGUGAUACUGGCCGCAUGGAAUGUCUGGAUGGUUCGAUGACACAAGAGGGAGGGAUAUUGCCACCUUCAGCGCGCAAGACAAAGCAGGUCUUUGCGAUGAAGGUCAUACGAAAAUCUGACAUGCUCCGCAAUAGUCAGGAAGGCCAUUUACGCGCGGAAAGAGACUUCCUGGUCGCCUCGGAAAACUCGCGCUGGGUAGUCCCCCUAGUCGCCGCCUUUCAAGACAACAACAAUCUGUAUCUCGUCAUGGAAUACAUGAUGGGUGGGGACUUUCUCGGUUUGCUCCUGCGUGAGGAUAUACUCGAUGAGAAUGUCGCCAAAUGGUACAUUGCGGAAAUGAUUCUCUGCAUCGAAGAAGCACACAGGAUGAACUGGAUUCAUCGAGACAUCAAGCCCGACAACUUCCUCAUUACCGCCUCCGGUCACCUCAAGAUAUCCGACUUUGGUCUCGCCUUCGACGGUCACUGGAGCCACGACCAAUCGUACCACAACCAGAAACGACAUGGUCUACUCAGUGACUUGGAUUUAGACGUCCAGGGCGAUGAACAGGAUAUCAGGGAAGAAAGAGAGAGGCAGAAUGCUCGAAGAACCUUUGAUCAGGUCAACGGCAAGACAAGUCCUCGAAACCGCUAUGAGACAAAGCCGGAUGGAGCCACUGGGCCUAUCAUUGACAUGCUGAACCGCACUCAAAGGCGUCAGUUUGCGAAGAGCGUAGUUGGUACGAGUCAGUACAUGGCACCUGAGGUCAUCAGAGGUGAAAACUACGAUGGCCGUUGUGACUGGUGGAGCAUCGGGAUUAUACUGUACGAGUGUAUGUAUGGCUCCACGCCUUUCUUCUGCGAAAAUCGACAGGCAACAAAAUUGCGUAUUCUUGAUCAUCGGCGCCACCUCAGCUUUCCUCCAGAGCAACGUUACGCCCGUCCCAACAUCGAUCGUGUGCCACUCAUGCCAGUGACGAGGAAUGCAGUGGAUCUUAUGGUGCGACUCCUCCAAGACAGGCAGGACCGAUUAUCCGCGAAGCGAUACCGAGAAAACGAUUGGGUUUUCCGCGACAAAGCAAUCGGGGCGCGCCGUACUCGGAACUUCAACAACACGGGUCACAUUGUGUUCCCAAAUGAUGCAGAAGACAUCAAGGGACAUCCGUUCUUCCGUCAUAUCCCAUGGACAACACUGCACAUGACCCGACCGCCGUUCGUGCCGCGUGUCCACGGCGGACAGCCCAUCACUAAGUACUUUGACGACGAGGCAGAGAUUAUGAGCGCAACAGACCACCUCGAUUCGUCCAGCUACGAGGUGGCGCAACCCGAGACCGCGGCAGCAGCCCUGGUUAGCGAAGCAGAGGCCACACCUGUAGCCGAGACGGGUUCGACGGGAAUCCGCCUUGCUCCAACAACCUACGAACAGGUCUGUCGCACCAUACAGAAGAUGAGGUACCGCAAGAAGGAGAAGAAGAGGCCGCGCGACAAGCUGCUGCGGGAUCCACAGGUCGGACGGACUGUUCUCGAGAUUCGCAAGAAGGGCGCGUUCAUGGGCUACACCUAUCGUAGGCCAAGAUUCUCGCUGUCGGAGUUGGAGUCAGAGUUGGACGCUGCUAUUGCGAGACCUCCACUGCCGCGGCCAACGGUGGAUGCUGUGAGCGCAUGAGCUGUAGUUUGACGCACCUGGACUCCUCUGGUCAUUCUCUGGUUAUUCUCAUUAUGCAAUGAAUUCGCUCUAUACGUUGUUUUGUUGCUUGUUUGCUCUUGAUGUUCUGUUUACAUGCUUCAUUGGCGGUUUACUGGUCCUCGCCUCGCCUUCACCCACGUCGACGUGUUUGCUCUUUCCCGUUUAGACCUCGCCCCACACAGAAACUUUGCCUACCGUAUCAUCCAUCUCAACCUAAACUCUCAAUUCGUUCAGCCUUGCGAUUAUGAUCGCCUCUCAGGUUCUGGCGACCUUCGCCAUGCU